UGUUUGGUUUCCUUUUUCUUUUUCCUGUAUUCAUCCUUCUUAUUAUUAGUGUUAUAUUUCUUUCGGUAUAAUUCGGGUUAAAUUAGUAUUAUUUUCCUAAAGAGAGCGCUGCGGUCGAGAUUUCGAGGAGGAGGAGGCGGAGAAGGCAGGAAGAGGAGGAGAUCGAGAUGCGCAGAAGCGGAAGCGGAAGCUUCUAGUUUUCUUGAUGGCUUCGUCGUCUCCUGUCAACCGCCCAGCCCACCCCCUCCCCGCCGCUUUGCCUCCCGUCGGCGCGUCGAAAGCACAAGCUGCCUUGGCCAAGAUCAUAGCCAUCAUCUCCACCGUUCCUCCUCGCCUUCCCGAGGCAGACGCCCUCCGCCAUGGCGGCGAUCCCGAGGCGGCGGGUCGGACGACGACGCCCGCGGGGCAGCUUGGUUUCGGCGUCGAUCUGAAGCUCAGGUUGGGCCUGGCGACGGAGAUUAGAGGAGGAUCGGCCGAGGGAGAUGGCCCCACGGAGCAGAGUGGCGUCGUGGACGCCCCCGCGUCGGCGGAGCCCUGCCGCAACGUGCGGGCCGUGGAGGAGGUGGCCCCCGUAGGAGUGUCGGGAGCGGCGGCCGAGCGCUCGUUGUCGCCCGCGGUGUCCGUCGCUGGCGGCGGCGACGCUUUGGCUUCUGAGAAGAGCUCGGAGGGCGAAUGCGAUCCCCAGGAGGAGAACGGAGGAGAGAGCCGCAACGAGGCCGCAGAAGACGACGCCGAGGAAAAGGCUUCUGCAGAACAAAAGGAAACGGACGGAAGCGGCGGAGCGGAAGCGGGGACCACUACCACCACCGCUGUCGCCACCAGCAGCAGCAGCAGCAGAGGCCGCAGAAGCGACGGUUGCUUGGACUUGCUCCUGGAGGCCGUCCGGCAGGUCUCGGGCGGCCUCUUCGACGACGACGGGCCGGAAGCAGAGAAGGUCGAGGCUACCGCGGCCUCGGAGGAGGCGCCCGCGCCGUCCGAGAUGACGGCGAAGAGGUCCGCGGUCGACGACGGCGGGGGGAAGAAGCGGAGGGAGACGGACGAGUGGUGGAUACCGCUGGAUCUCUACGAGGAAGAGACAGCCCCGAUCGUGCGGUCGAAGCGGGGGAGGAGCCAGGCGCUGCCGUCGAGGUACCGCGACUCGAUCCUCGACCCAUGGAGGAAGCCGCCCGCGCUCUCCCGCAACUCAACCGGGCGUCGCGGUCACGAAAGGGCACCGGCCGCCACCCGGUGAGCUUACCGGAGCGUCACCAACACUGACGGACUCAUGCGAGCGUGGGACGUUAACGACGAUUCCGUUGCAGAUGUUAUCGGGUCUUUGGUCUCCCUUUUCCUCUCUUCUCUUACGUAAUAACGAUAGUUUGGUAUCGGUCAGUAGACUCGUUUGGUAUUUAAUACCGGAGAAAGGCAAACAGUAGCUCGCCAAUGGAGUCAUGAGCUGCUGCUGCUGUUGCUGCUGCAAACCUUUGUUCACGUUAAUCGGAAGCAGAACCACUGAUCUUUGUGUUGGCCACAGACAUUAUUAUCUAGUCCCGUUGAUGCUGUAACGUGUAAUCAAUUCAAAUGAUAUAUAUAUUUGUGGGGAGUAACGCAGUGACUA